ACAGUGAAUUGCAGUCAAUCAGUGAAUAUCGAUGGCGCCGAGUGAGGUUAUGAGCAAACCUACGAUUCACUAUCGCUGACGAGUUACAUACGCUUGAAAAAAUGAUUUAGAUGGAGAAGAAAAAAAAGAAACAUGGAGUUUCAUUAUCUCCAACCAACCUACACCAAAUGACCAAUAUCCCUGACGGACACAUGUUCAGCAAAGAUAAAUAAAUCUGUGGAUUUAAUUCGUAACAAGUGGUGAUGACGGUUUUGGACAAUUUUCGCCGGCAAGUGGGCAGAAUUCUAUUGAGCCUCCACUCGUCCUUGAACACCUCAAGGCUAUCCACUCACGUGGUAAUUCGCAAUCACGCGAGUUUCAUUCCAAAAAGGGUUUUAAUUGUCUCAAAAGUUUCGCGUUACCAAUUUGAGAGGAUCCGCGAGGGUGACAUAAGUGACGAUGAGUUCAAGAAGCGAGUGCUGGAGAGGGGAACGAACUAUGACAAGAUGUUGGCGGGUCAUAGAAAGAAUAAGAGAGUGGAGAAACAAGUGAUUGACACUCUCAAUAGGAAUAAAAUUGAUUACAAAGUGACAAACAGAUUGACCAUUGACAAGCCUUACUUCGACUGGGCCGACCUGGUGAUAGCCAUCGGGGGGGAUGGAACGUUUCUCCUGGGGGCCAACCAGAUUUUUGGCAAUGAAAAGCCGAUUUUUGGGGUCAACUCAGAUCCGGACGCCUCGGAGGGCUACUUGAUGUUGGAGAAACAGUAUUCACGGGAUAUUCCAAGAAUAUUUGAGCUGCUUAAGGCUGGGAGCUAUGAGUAUGUCAUGAGGACGAGGAUCAGGGUGACGUUGAGGGGGGAAGGAGUAUGGGGUCCCCUGUUUCAUAUGCAUGAAAAGGCCAGGAUACCUGGACAGGAGGAAUUUACUGUACACAAGAACUCUGAUGAACGUCGACUGCCCUGGCUAGCCUUGAAUGAAGUGUUCAUCGGGGAAUCAUUGUCCGCGAGAACAAGCUCUCUAGAGAUGAAAAUCGACGACAGAAAAGACUUUAACAAAGUGAAGUGUUCAGGGCUCUGCGUGAGUACUGGCACUGGCUCCAGCUCCUGGUACAAGGCCAUCAACAGUGUCACAUCUCAGAUGGUCAGCGAUCUCCUGCGAGUGGCUGAGCCCGAUAAGACAUUAUCAGAUGAACAAGUCGAUCGCAUUUGUAAUACUUUUAAUGACAGUCUUCAAUUUUCGCCAGAUGAUUCGAGGAUGAGCUACGCAAUUCGAGACAUAAUCCUCAAUGACAUCUGGCCUCUGCCAAAGACAAUCAGCCCUCGGGCCUAUUGCAAUAGCUUAACAAUAAGAUCCCAGUGCUACGACGCUGGAUUAGUCUUCGAUGGUGGGAUAGGUGUUCCCUUCAACGUGGGCACAGUUGCCAUACUGGAGACCCAUCCCGAGGACCGCCUCCGGACCAUCGAGCUGAUGAAUUAAUUACCAUUCAACACGGUUACCAUAAUUUAUUGCAAUUGUUAAAUACACCAUCCUUUGUUUUAUAUAUUUCUAUUGAAUAAAUGACUCUGUCAUUUACUA